UUUUGUAUAAAAUUAAAACGUUUUAUUGCAUAAAAUGGAAGAAAUUGAUGCAAUAAUAUUUUGUACUCUAAAAGAGAUUGGUUGUGAAUUCUCAGAAAAUGAAACUGCCUUUACAAAUAUUACUCAAGAAAAUUUAAUAAAAUCUAUAGUAAUGUGCUUACAAAAAAUUCAACCAACAAUAAAUUUAUCUUUUACAAUUCCUCGAUCUAUGUCUGCUAGAUAUCAAUAUGGUAUCACUGUAGCAGAUGCUUGUAAGAAAGUUGGUUUCAAGUCUGACAUAGGAUAUCAAACAAUUUUAUAUGGAAAUAUUACAGAUAUGAGAAGAAUAUUAAUGUUUUUAAUUGAAAGAUUACCUAAAGAAAUUGAAAAUAUCAUAGAAUACAGAAGUAAACGAUGUGCAAUAUUAAAAAAACUUAAAAAAAGCUUAUCAUCGGAUAGAAAACCAUUGAACUCUUCAUUAUUUUCAAACUUUUCAUAUGUUUCUGUAUUAUUAGAAACAGGUAUUACUGUACCGGGACAUAAAAGAAAUUGUACACCUGCUGAAUGGAGAAAUUUCUGUAUCAGCAGUUUAAAAUAUAUUACUGAACAACCAUCAGAUUCGAAAUAUUUAAUACCUUCAUUAAUUACACUUAAUACUAAAAGAUUGCUGAAUAUUUAUGAGUUUGAACAUAAAACAACAGAUGAUUUAUCAAAGCCUAAAUUAAUCCAAGGUGAAAUAGAAAAAAUGAAUUUAAAAGAAACAAGUUAUUUUAAUCCAAAGGUUAAAAGUUUAUCUAAAGAUGAAGUUGCAAAUAUAUCAAAAGAAUCUGAGGCAACAUAUAUUGAAGAGCUAGUUUCAAAAAAUAAUGAACUAAAAAGUUUAUCUUUAAAACAACAUUCCAUAAACACAAAUCUUAUGUCAAAGUUAGAAAAACUAGAAAAAGAAAUUGCUGUUCAAGAAAAAAGUUUAAAUAUUAUUGAUAAUCCCGAGGUUGUUGCUAAAUUAAAAAAUAAAAUUGAUAUAGCACCAGAUAAAAUAAAAAGAAUGAACAAUAAAUGGACUAAAUAUGAAAAUGAACAGAAAUUAAUUUUAUCAGAGCUAAAUGAAAGAUUAAAUAAAAAACGAGCCAAAAAUAUCAAACUAGAAAUGGUGUAUGGGAAUGAAAAAUUGAAGUUACAAAAUAUUUAUGAAGAUAUAAAAAAAAAAGAAGAUAUUAUAAAAAUAUGUAGGAACGAUUUAGACUCAAAGCCAAAUUAUAAUUCAAGAUCAAGUUAUACACAAAGAAUAUUAGAAAUUAUAUCUAAUAUUGAAAAACAGAAAAAAGAAAUUAAUAAAAAUUUGAAUGAUACCAGGCAAGUUCAAAAAGAAAUAAAUUCUUUAGAUGGUAAAGUAGAACGUUGUUUUAUUUCAAUUGAUGAAUUGAUGUUUAAGGUAGCAAAAAAAGAUGAUACAAUCCGUAAAUGUUAUAAACUAUUGGCUGCUAUUCAUUCUAAUAGUUCUAGCAUAAUAACAUCUGUAAAACAGACAGGUACAAUUGGAAGAGAAAUCAAAGAUUUAGAAGAACAGAUUGAAAAUGAAAACUAUCAUCAAGCCACAGUUAAUGUUCAAAAACUUAAAAAAGAUUUAGAACUUGUCAAAAAUGAACAACUUUUAUUAUUAAAAAAAAUUAACCACUGAAAUAAUUAAGUUUUUACUAUGAAUUCUUUUCAAUUCCUAAGAAUUAAUUCAUUAUAUUUUAUUGUUAAUGUCAAAUGUUAAAUUCAAGAAUUUAUCAUAGACAAAUAAUUAACAUAAUAAAUAUUAUUC